AUGAGUGAAUAGAAAAUCAAAAACGUACAUAGCUGUUCCAGCGGAAAUACUUUGUUUAAUUCUACCACUUCUACUAGGAGUAGCCUUUUUAGUGCUAGCUGAACGUAAAGUAAUGGCUUUUGUGCAACGUCGAAAGGGUCCUGAUGUAGUGGGAUCGUUCGGAUUGUUACAACCUCUAGCAGAUGGUUUGAAAUUGAUUCUAAAAGAACCUAUUUCACCAAGUAGUGCUAAUUUCUCCCUUUUUAGAAUGGCUCCAGUGGCUACAUUUAUGUUAAGUCUGGUCGCUUGGGCCGUUGUACCUUUUGAUUAUGGUAUGGUAUUGUCAGAUCCAAACAUAGGGCUACUUUAUUUGUUUGCCAUAUCUUCGCUAGGUGUUUAUGGAAUAAUUAUAGCAGGUUGGUCUAGUAAGACGGGGGCGGCCGUUCAGUCGCCCAUGAUAUACGGACCAAUUGGUCCAAAAUGGGUUUGUGCCGCAGGUGUUGAACGAUCUACUCUACACAGGUGUGGGCUUACAGGGCUAGGGCUCAUAAACCCUUUCUUUCAUUCAUCAAGGGGUCGGUCACUUUUCCGGGCCGGGAUCGAGAAGUGGAAGUCAUAAAAAAGAGAUGUUUCUCUUCGCACCUCAUAUCAAGAGGAAAGGUAGCUUGUCAAGCUGGUCUCACUUUUGGAAAUUCUAGCUUUCUUUUUUUUUUCACCGGCUCUUCUUCUUUGUCAACGCUACUAAGGACCUGACGGUUCGCCUACUUGAUGGAUGAAAGAACAUGAGAAAGGGUUCUAAAAUAAAAGGCUAGAAAGUCUACUACAGUACAGUCAAAGUCAGCGGCUGAGUUUGCCUAGCCUCGCCUACUCAUUUUUGUAGGCGAGCGAGUUAGCGAAGAGGCUUAGGGAUAAGAGAGUGUCGGUGCGUACGUAGCCUUCAUUCUACUACGCUACACAAAGUCACUUAGCUCGAUGUUAAUUAAGAGAGUAAAG